AUGUACCUUUUUUUUUUAAUAAAAAUAUUUUAUAUUAUUAUUAUAUUUUUUAAUAUUGAAAAGGUCAAUAAAUAUAAAUCUUCUUGUAUAUCACUCAUAAAAAAUAACAAGCUUAUAAGAACACCAUGUUUUGAUUAUUCAAAAAAUUGUUCCUCAGAAAUAAAUAAUAAUGUUCAUACAUUAUUAUGUAUAGAAAAUAAGAAAAAAAGGAAGAAAAGAAAAAAAGAAAAAAAUAUAAUAUAUAUAUAUCAAAUAAAUAAAAAAUGUGAACAUAAAAAAUGUGGACUUAUGAAAAAAAAAUGUUGCCUAGCCUUUAUACCAAGAAAUCAAAAAAUUAACAACAUAUCAAUUAAUAAACAUAAUAAUAAGAACAAAAAAAACGUUCUUUUGAAUGAUAAAAAAAAAAAAUAUAUAUAUAAUGUCAUAGAAAAAAAACAUGAUUAUUAUAAUAAACAUGAUUCAUAUGAUGAAUUAAAUUCUUCAGAAAUAUAUCAAAUAAGAAAAGAAAUUCUUAAUAGUCCUAAAAAUAAAUUAAAAGAUAUUUUCAAAAAACAUAUAACUAAUAAAAUAUGUAAUCAUAAUAUUAAUAAAUAUAAUAGUUUUACUUAUAUAUAUUCAAAGGAUAAUAUCUAUAAACAACUUGAUAGACUCUACAAUAUGUAUGAAAAAUGGGAUGCAUUAAACAAACAAAAUAAAUCACAACAAUUAAAUAGAAUUAAAAAAUUACCAAAAUUAUUUGGAGUACCCAUUGUUCUUAAAGAUAAUAUUAUAACAAAAGGAAUACCUACAAAAGCAGGUAGCCAGAUACUUUUGAAAUAUAUUCCAACAUAUAAUAGCACAGUUGUAAAGAAAUUAAAAAAAUAUGGUGCUAUUAUUAUUGGAAAAACACAUAUGGAUGAAUUUGCUAUGGGUUCAUGUACAAAUAAAUCAAAGAAUCCAUUUAAUGAACCCAUCUUAUCAUGUGGUGGUUCUUCGGGUGGGUCAGCUAGCUGUGUCGGUUCCAGAAUUUUCAACUGUUCCAUAAAUACAGAUACAGGAGGUUCUAUCAGAACCCCAGCGGCUUUAUGUGGUUGCAUAGGAUUCAAACCUAGUUAUGGCAGGAUAAGUAGAUAUGGAAUUAUACCUUAUAAUGAAGAAACAGAUGUUGUUGGAUUUAUAGUUAAUAAUGUGUUUGAUUGUAGUAUAUUAUUAGAUGCUUUGUGUGGUAAGGACGACAGGGAUAUUACUACGAUAAAUAUUGAGGAAAUGGCUGAAAAGGAAAUGGAAAAUGACAACAAAUGUGAUGAUAAUAUCAAACGUGGUGAUAAUAUCAAUUGUGGUGAUAAUAUCAAUUGUGGUGAUAAUAUCAAUUGUGGUGAUAAUAUCAAUUGUGGUGAUAAUAUCAAUUGUGGUGAUAGUCCUAUAAGCCAAAAUAAAAAACAAAACAAUCAGAAUUAUGGUAAGAGAAAAAUGAAAUUCUUUCCUUUAUUAAAAAAAUAUUAUUUCUCAAAUACCUUUCAUAGUAAUACACCAUUAAAAAAUAUAACAUUUGGUUAUAUGAAUGAAAACGAUUUAAAAGAAUAUUUUGUAGAUAAUAAUAUUUAUGAGAAUUAUAUAUAUGUAAUAGAAAGUAUGAAAAAACUAGGAUCAUCUUUUAAAAAAAUAGAGUUACCAAAUUUAAUAGAUUAUUGUUAUUUAUAUUAUUUAUAUUCAAUGACUAUAGCAAAUAGUAAUUUAUCAAGAAUAAAUGGAAUAAAUUAUAAUAUGGAUAAUAUAAAUAAUGAAUCGAACUUUAUAAAAAACAUAAGAUCUAAUUUAAUUGAUGAUAAUGUAUUAUCUAGAAUUAUAUCUGGAUCAAUUAUUUCUUCCCAUUUUCAAAAUAAAAAAAAUGACAUAAAUAAUAUAUUUCAUAUAAUGAAACAACACUUAAUAUAUAAAUUAAAGGAAAUUUUUAAAAAUGAUAUAAAUUAUAUUUUAUUACCAUCAUUACCAAGAUCUAAUAAUUUAAAAGAUUAUGAUCAUAAUAAUAUUAAUUAUACUAAUGAACAUAAAAUUCAAACAAAUGAUAUUAAUAAUAAUAAAAAUAAUAUAACUCAUGGAUAUAAUAAAUAUAUGAAAGAAAUAUUUUCAGUCAUAUCAUCUAUUAGUGGUUUUCCAAGUAUGGUAAUACCUGUAGGUACUUUUACAAAACAAUUUAAUGAGCCCUUAUCAUUUCAAAUCAUAGGAGAUAAUUUAAACGAAUUAGGAUUAUUAAAGGUUGCCUUGGCUUAUAAGCAACAUAUGCAAGUUAAUAAAAAAUUAUAUGAAAAUUUAAAAAUGCAUCAAAAAGAUAAGUAA